GGUGUUGAACUUUGGGAUAUAAGUUGAAGUAAAAGUGUGGCUCACAUUACUCGUACCCUAGAGAGAGAGAGAAUGACAACAGCUUUCUUCACAGUUCCAACACCUCAACAUUAUCAUCACGUUCAAUUGUACAAACCAAAAAAAUCAUGGUCAACUACUAAGAUACUUGUUCCUCCAACACUAUGCUCUCCAACUUCACUCAUUUCUUCUGCACCAGAUGAUGAACUUGCUGUUUCUGAUCAAUCAGUAUUCUCCACCAAACAGAGUGGUUGUAAAGCAUGUGGAAACGAAGAAAUUGAGAAAGGAUGCAAUGGUGAAGGAAGGAUGCAGGGUGGUAUUGCAACAGUUCCUGGCUUUGGCUGGUGGCCUAUAAAGGCAUACAGGCCAUGUCCUGGAUUUGUGGCUUCUGGUGGUAAGUACAGACGACAGGGACAAAGCAUGGACGAGGUUGUCUCCGGUAGUGGCAAAAUUAAAACAUCAACUGCAACUGACUCCAAGUCAAGUAGCAAAAAGGAUGGUUCGAAGAAAUUGAAGAGCUAAGUGUUUUCAAGGAAUAUACCAGCCACUGCUUCAUUGAGGUGACAUAAAACCCAGGGUUAAGGAAGAGGGGCAAAAACAAAAUAUGUUGUAAGGAUUCUGGACACGUAUACGUCUUAUCAAUGCAUUCAUAAAAUAGGGCAAUGCAAUGUAAUCAUCUUGUUGAAGUAAAUCUCAACAGUUUUUUUUUUUUUUCAUUGAUCACCAGUUCCUUGCCGUUAACUUCCAACAUUUAUGAUACAAGAAUUGUGUUAAAAGACAUAUUUGUGUUACUAUGCGUACAUGAAUAAUAUUAUAUUUUAUACCUAAA